CCUGAUAAGGCUGCAAAGACAGCUGUGACCACCUGGAGCUCAGAGCCGCUUCUGAGGCACGAGCCACCAUGCCGGGCACCAAGAAAUACCCUCAUGUCAUUGACACCCCAGAUCCAGGCAAAUGGGAGUUGGCAGGGUAUGAGGCAGCGUUGCCCAUCACAGAGAAGUCAAAUCCCCUCACCAGGGCGCUGGACAGGGCAGACCCAAUACAGAUUGUGCAGCUCCUGAGGGACUGUGAUGCUGAGAUCUUCCAGGAAGAGGAUGAGGCCGUGGUCAACUACAAGAGGGUCUAUAGUGAGUCGAUGCUGAAGACCAUGAUGGAGAUCAUUGGGAAGGUUCAGGAGGUGCUAAAGGAGCCAGACAACACACUCAUUGUGCUGAGUGGUGGUGGAGCCUCUGGCCGCAUGGCCUUCCUCAUGGCUGUGUCCUUCAACAAACUUCUGAGGGGCCUGGGGCAACAGCCACAAUAUACAUACCUCAUUGCGGGGGGAGACAGGUCUCUUGUGGCAAGCCAAGAAGGAGUCGAGGACAGCGCGCACCGAGGCGUCGAGGAUAUGAACAAGGUCUGUGAAGGGAAGAAGAGGGUCGUCUUCUUUGGGAUCUCCUGCGGCUUGUCUGCUCCGUACGUCGCCGGGCAGCUGGACUUCUGCAUGAACAACCUGGACAUCUACAUCCCGGUGCUGGUGGGCUUCAACCCGGUCUCCAUGGCCAGGGCCGAGGCGAUUGAGGGCUUCCACGGCACCUUCCGGCAAGUGGCCGAGCGGAUGGAGAAGCUGCAGCUGAGGCAACGGGCGUUCGUCCUCAACCCUGCUGUGGGGCCUGAAGGGAUCGCCGGCUCUUCGCGCAUGAAGUGUGGCAGUGCCACAAAGAUCCUUCUGGAGACUUUGCUGCUGACGGCCCAUAAGAUGGUUUCCAAGGACAGCGAGGUCUCAGAGAAGUGCCUUCUGGAAAUCCUGCGCACCUAUGAACGUGCCCACAAAGUCACCUACAGCCAGAGCAAAAAGAUUGCUGCCCUCGUGAAGCAAGCAGGUACCAGCCUACAGAAGAAGGCUUCCGUGUACCUAGUCGGCUGGCACACCUUGGGCAUCAUUGCCAUCAUGGAUGGGGCAGAGUGCAUCCCUUCCUUUGGGGCAGACAUCAAUGACGUCAGGGGCUUCCUCAUUGGAGACCACAGUGAGAUGUUUAACAGAGAGGCUGACCUGAUAGCACAGGGCCCCAAGUUCGCUUUCUCAGAAGAAGAUUUUGUGAAAACCAUCCUCCCGACCCUGACUGAGCUGGACACGGUCCUCUUCCUUUUCACAGUGGAUGACAACCUUGAUGAGGUGGAGAAGCUGGUGGUUCAGGUGAAGGAGAGGACCGCUAAUGUGCAGGCUCUUUCGCAUGCCACGGUUGGGCAGUAUCUGCCGGCCUCCCUCAAGAAGCUCUUCCCUGCCAGCAUCAGCAUCAUGUGGCCCAUCCUGUUCCUGGAAUACGAAGGCAAUUUCAUCCAGAGGUUCCAAAGGGAGCUCAGCACCAAGUGGAUCCUGAACACAGUCAGCAGCGGGGCCCAUGUGCUGAAAGGCAAGAUCCUGAGGAACCACAUGGUGGAUGUGAGAGUGAGCAACACCAAGCUCUUCUGGAGGGCGGUCACGAUCCUGCAGAGAUUCACUGGGCACCCACAGGCCAAGUGCCUGGACGCGCUGCUGCAGGCCAUCCACCACCCAGCGCCUCUCUCGGAGGAGCUCCGCUCCGCUCCGGUCUCCAAGCACAUUGCUGUCGCCACAGACAAGCACCAGGUGGUGCCCAGCGCUCUGCUCUGCCUGCUGCGUGGCUGUUCUGUGCCAGAGGCCCGUGCCCGCCUCGACGCUGCACCCUCCCUGCAUGCCGCCCUCGACGCCGCUCUCUCCGCCCCGGGACGCAAGCGGGGGGCAGACAAGUUGGAGCCCGACGAGCGGCGCUCAUAGCAGUGCUCCUUGGCCCAUGGGAGCUGGUGGCAGAUGCUCAGGCCGCGAGGGGUGCAGAGGAGCCAAAGAGGGAGCGGAGAGGGGCUCCGGGGCUCCUCCUAUGGGCCAGAGGCCCCUGACUGCCUAAGGGCAGGCCACCAGGCCACCCCAGGGUGCUCCCUCUGCCCCGAAGAAAGGGGGGCUCUUCCCUGGUGAAGUGGGUGCGUUGGUCAUUCCCACCACGUCCUCACUGCAUGAACCCCGCCAGCGAUAUGACUUUCCUGGAGCAGAGCCCAGUGGGGGAGCAAGGGAGCCUCCAUUUUUGGAAUAAAGCCUGUGCCCUGACUGUG